AUGCCCACGAUCCGCCAGGUCGCCGGACUCGGCUGCUACAUCGUCGCGUCGACGCUCCUCGUCGUGACGCUGCGCGUCGGGCCGGACCCGGGCGAGCCGGGCGGCGACGUCGUCGAACAUGCGCGACUCUUCGAAAAGUACCAAGCGACAGACCCCUUCGUCGGGGUCGUCGUCGAAAGGUAUCAAGCGACAAAGCCCCUCCGAAUCGCCUACGACCCCGUGAUCAAGCCGCGCCGGGCCGCGCCGCCGGACUGCGCGCGGGCGACGCGCGCCGUGACGGGCAACUCUACCUAUGGCCGCCUGAACAACGCGCUCAUCGCAUUGGCGCACCUCCUCGAGUUCGCCGCGACGGCGCCAGAGCCUACAAUGGUGGUGCUGCCGGACCACGUCAAGGAGUGGGUCCCACGGUCGGAGUUCAACUACUCCGGAGCCCUGGGCGGGUGGGCGUGCGUCGCCGACGCGGCGCCGGCCGGCCUGCGGGUCGAGGCGGCGGACCUGCGGGACAUUUACUGGUGGGCCGCGGAACCGACGACGAACUUCGGCGUCACGGGACUGCGGUCCCACAGCGCCGAGCUCAAGGGGCUGAUCCUCGCGCAGAUCGUCAUGCGCCCGCAGCCGGGCCUCCGGGCGCUCGUGGCGCGCGCCACGCCGAAGGGGCCCUACGUCGCGAUCCAUCUGCGCUCCCUCGAGGGCACUUGCGUCGCACGGCUACGGUUGGAGGGCGUCGCGGUCCAGCGCGUCACGGCGCGCGACAUGGGUCGCGACGUGACGGCGGAGGACCUGUGCUCCAUGUCCGGGGCCUACGUCAAGGCCGCGCUCCGGAUGGACGCCGUUCCAAAAAACUGGCCCAUCCUCUUGGUGCACGACGGCCAGAACACGCAGAAAGCCGGGAAACUACGGAAGAACUGGCACGCCGUCGAGACGCACGCCACGGCCUACGCGGACCUGAUCCUCGCGGUCCGGAGCGCCUACUUCAUCGGCAAUCCGGCCUCGAGCUUCUCCGCGAACGUGGUCAUGAUCCGCCGCGCGCUCGGCGCGGCGCCGGAGAGCACGAACCUCCGAGUGCUCGAUUUUCCCCGGCCAGGGUCGUAUAAAUGAAGA